GUAGUUUCCUCCCGGGCAGAAUUUACUGUGGCGCUCGUUAUAUGACCUGAGAGAAUUGCGCCUGACAUGAAGAAGCCCUCAAGAUGUCAAAAGUGUGCUUUCAUUUAUCGCGACUUUCUUUAGGUCACAAUGUUUUUACAAGCCGAAGGACUGUGAAUUUAAGACCAUGUGCCACAAGGAUGCUGUCCAUAACAUCACAGCUUUAUGCAGAGUCCAGAAAACCUCCGGAUGAUGAUGAUGAUGCAGCAGUAUCCAAGCCCAUCAAGUUCUCAACCAGCAAAGCCAGUCACCGAACCUGGAAUGUGGAUCGCUCGCUGGGCAGCAAUUACGAGCGUCCCUGGUGGAAAGUUCUACCCAUCAGCCUCUUUGGAGUGAGCUUCCUCCUCUGGUGCGCGUUCAGGAAAGAGACAGAGUUGGACGAGUCUCUGGAGAAAAACCUGUAUGAACAUUUACCAGGACUGCUGUCCGAUGAAGAGCAGGAGGAAGUCAACAACAAACCAUCAUAGUGGCUUAAGAGACAUUUUCCAUUUGUGAUGUAUAUUUAUCAUUUAAUGAUGCCUUCAGAAGUAAAAUGCUUUCUCCAAACGGAGUCGGAAAUCAAAUUUGUUGAAAUAUCAAACUGACCGUCCAGACACUCUGCUAUUUAAAGUGACUGCAGUGAACUUUAUCAUCUGUCUUUAGGUUUAUAAUGAAAAGUCAGACAUUUAAAAAAGAAUUGUAAGCAUAAUGGAGAAACUUCUGAAUUGUGGUGUGACUACUGAUUUACAAAUAUAUCAGGGAACCCAUUGGAAGUUAACAUUAAGAACAGGCCUUCACUAAGUGAUACUUGAUCUGUAUAAUAAACUGUAUUUAAACUAAUUUUAGCAAUUGGUUUUUACUUUAUAUGACAUUUAAUUUAAAUUAACUAAACAUGACUUUAAACCUAUUUAAAAAUACUUACAAUUGAAAUAUUACUUUGACAACAUAGUCAUGAGGGCUGUUAUUUGCUUGGCCAACAAUGUAGCAUUUUCAGGACCUAGAGAGCAUUUUAAAGGGAACCUGUUAUGCCCUUUUCAGAAGAUGUAAUAUAAGUCUCUGGUGUCCCCAGAAUGUGUCUGAAGUUUCAGCUCAAAAUACCCCACAGAUCAUUUAUUAUAGCUUGUCAAAUUUGCCCCUAUUUGAGUGUGAGCAGAAACAUGCCAUUUUUUUGUGUCCCUUUAAAUGCAAAUAUGAUCUGCUACUCCCGGCCCCCUUUCCAGAAGAGGGCGGAGCUUUAACAGCUCAUGCUUCAGUUCUUCAACAACAAAGCUGGAGAAUCUCACGCAGCCAAAAUGAGGAUUGUCAGUAACGGUGUUCAGCCUUACAUUGUUCAAACUGGAGUCGACACUGAUGGAGAGACUCAGGAAGAAGUUACAACUUUUAAACAUUUCUGAAUAGUGGAUAAAAUUAUGUAGUUGCUGUGGAGUUGAUUCAACUCCACUAGCAUGUGCCGUCAUGUUAAUCUUUUGUGCAAAUCCAGCAUUGAAUUGACCCUCAUUUGUGAAGCAGUCUGGCGUAAAAUGACAGCAACACUCUACAACAACUCUUCCUCUUCUCUAAAGCAGCCCAACAUGGCCUUGCCCCCUUUGUUGCAUGUUCUGAGGCAGGGUUUAAGUAAAUUUUGGGAUUUGUGAUGUCACCAACCCAGGAAAGAAGCUUGUUGAAGUCCCUACCAGCCAUUUGUUGUAGUCCUUAAAGUGAUUUCUGUAAAAGAAAAUCUCCCUUUACAAUGAACUUUGCAGAAAAACGUUUAUCCUCAAACAGCAACAUUACACACUUAAGUUGGACCUUUGAGGAGACUUCAUGUGAAACCAAGUUGAAUGCAAAAUGAGCAGCAACAAAAGAUUGAGGUAGUGGAAAGUUUAUUUACAACCAAAUGGCCACAAUAGAAGAGAAACCCAAUAUAAUAACGAUAGAAAUAAAAUGGACACAUUCUAAUUCAUCAUGAAGCAUGCAGACUAGGCAGAGGUAUAUGAAAGUCUAAAAUACAAACUUUAAAACCCUGAGGAGCUCCCGGAAUGUUCUGACGCUGCCCCCCCUACUAUCAGCUUGAACCACAAGAUACCCCCUCCCCUACCGCAACUACCAAAAAAAAAAAAAAAAAAAAAUUACAAAAAAAAAAAUAAA